GCCACUUUCCUCGUCGUAUGAUGCUCCCAACAAGAAGAAGGCAGGACGGGCAUGGGCUUCAGAUAGGGGGGAGCGAGUUGGCGGCGUCAAGCUUGUUCAGAUGAACGAGGGAUAUCCAACCUGUUUCAAGUUUGACACGAAGGAUAUGGAACCUUCCGGCGAGAUCGGCGCGCCUCCCCACCCACAGAUAUGUACAUCGUGAUGUUGCCGAACGGACGGUCGCCAGAGCGGUUCGUGUGCGACGAUCGAGGGCGACCGUCCUUCGUGGAACACUGGUCCGCCAUGCCUUCCGACCCACUCGCCGACGCAACCAACGCUUCCAACCCCACUACUACUUGCCACCUGAUGCGACCGAAUUCAAUGCAUUCGACUGGACGAAUCGCGCGUGUCGUAUUUUAAUACAACGUUCUACUGCAGCAUCUGGGUGGGCGACGACGAUCUGGUCUAUCAAGCGUUCGCAGCCCGACGACUGUCAUCGGCCCCGCGAGUCGCCGGCGCCACCACGGCAAAGACACCGCACCCUACAGCGAAUCUGCUCUCGAUCGGACCUCGCGUGCCGGCGCAUGGAGAACCCGUGGUCCACGAGAUGAAAAGGCCAGUGCGGCCUGAUUACUGCGGUCGCCCGCCCCAUACAACAAUCAAGUCAACGUUUGGAGUCAGCACGUCCGGAUAAGGUAACCGGAUAUCGCCGGCGCCGUGGCCAAGUUUCACAGCGCAACAACGCAGCACCAGGAACAGCAUGCUGGAAGCGGCGGCAGAGGUCGUCGCGACGACAGCAGCGGCGGUCCUUGCAACGAAUGCGACCAACAGUACAAGCAUGAGCGCCGUAGCUGCCACUGGUUAUGCGUCUCCGAGAAAUGGUGUGGCUGCCCUGCGCUUUGUGUUCACAAUUCUUUCGAUUCUUGGGUGCGCAGUCGUCGUGCUCAGUUACAUCCUGUUUCUUCCUCUCCGCAAGGGCGCGAACGCGCUGGUCGUAUCCAUCGCGAUUUGCGCCUUGGGGAUGCACAUCACGAUGUUUGCCCAGACCGGGUUCAAGGGCCCAUUGUCCGAGAACGUCGACUGCGAUGUGUCGGUCGCGGCGCUGACUCAGUUUUUCGUGUUGGGCCAAGAGAUCUACCUCUUCACGAUGAUCCUUGAUUUGUACUCGACCACGCGAAACCCGUUUACGUUCACGCGCACUUCUGUCUACCACGUGUUUGUCCUGUCGGUGUCGCUCGUUGGCGCUUAUUUGUUUUCGCUCAACUCGCGCGCGAUUGGGUUCACCGAGCUCGGCGUGUGUUGGUUCCGGUCCCGCGACGACAACGCGUCCGUGUGGCUGCACAUAUACUUUGUCGCUCCGCUCGCGUUUCUGUACGGGAAAGGGUUCAUGCUAUUCAUUGUGGCGCGGAAUCGCAUCCAAGACGGGUACGAUGACAUUACGACCUCCGCCGCCCGCAUCUUGUCCCUGCGCCACAUGCGUGUGUACAUUGGCAUGUCUGCGCUGUACUGGGUCAUCAUGGGGAUGGGGUCGAUCGCGAUUCUGUUUUGGAUUCCCCUGGAAGACACGGUCGCCGUGCCUCGGCGGAGAACCCAAGUCUUUUACGAGUUCUGGAUGCUGGGCCUGUCCGUCAAAGGCACGGUCGUGUUUGUCCUGUACACAUACUUGAUGAAGCUCCCAGCAGUGUACUCGAUGUGGCGCCAGGGGUCGUACGACGACCUGAUGAACGUCCAAGGGGUGCACUGGGUGCUUCGUCGCGACGUGCUGUACUUUGCUCGCAUGGGCAUCUGCGAAUCGAUAUCGUCUGCAGUCGAGUGGAUCCCGGAAGGUCCGUCUGCGUACGCGGUGCGGUCGCUCGAGCUCGUCGGUCGCCAUGAAUCCCACAAGGCACUGUUCCACGAGUUUGAAGCUGCGUCGUUCGCGCUGAUCCGGUCGCUGUCGGGCAUCACGGCCGACGCGUUGGGUCACAGCAUGCGAGUGCACACGCAAGAGCGGUUCAGCGAAGGCAAGAGUGGGGCGUUCUUAUACUACACGGGCGAUCAAAAGUUUAUUGUCAAGACGUGCACCGAAGCCGAGCAACGCUACCUCAUGCAAAUCCUGCCGUCGUACAUUGCGCAUCUCCAAAUGUACCCCAACUCGUUCUUGUCUCGCUACGUCGGGUGCUACGAGCUGGUCGUGUACGAUCAAACGAUUCGGUUCAUCGUGCUGGCCAACAUUUUGCAAAACCCGAGCGUCGUCGUUGACGAGUUUUACGACUUGAAGGGAUCGUGGGUUGGCCGGUAUGAAAAUCCGCACGUGUUGAACGUCCGCAAGGUGUGCAAGUACUGCGGGAAAGAGUUUGUGGUCGGUAUGACGCAGGAAAUGUGCGCGAUGAACCCGAGUCGCAAGCAAGGCCACAUUCAAGACAUCUGCGGGAAGGACUUGAACUGGGGCGCGCGCCAGAUCUCGCUCCACGAAGACUUGGCGGACGCGAUUGCGGACCAGCUCGCGACCGACUCGGAAUUCCUCCGGUCGAUCAACUCGAUCGAUUAUUCGUUGAUUGUGGGACUGCAUACCAACGCCCACAUGGCAGGCCAGGCCAUGGACGGAAGCAGCCAGGAUGUCGAAGACGCGAUGCAGCCAGGCGCGAUCUCGACCGUGACGCGGGACCCGUACGACCUCACGCUGCUUGGGCUGCAAAAGAAGAAGCACCAGCGCAGCAUCACGUCGUCGUCUACCGCGACCACAAACACAACCGCAACCAACCAAAACCUCAUGUGCUCGCCGACGACGUCGGACGUGAAGGCAUCGGCUGGGUACCAUCCGAUCACGUCGACCAAGGCGGCGGCGUCGUCGAGUGGGUCGGUCAACCACAUGCAAUCGCCUGCCCAGAACGCGCUGCUUCCUCGCCCCGGCCUCGGCCACAACAACGAAUGCGUCGUGUACAUGGGGAUCAUUGACAUUUUGACCCCAUGGAGCGUGCGCAAGCAGCUGGAGCACUGGAUUCGCGUGUACGUGCAAUGUCUCGAUCGGCUCGGCAUCUCGUGUGUCGACCCCAAGUACUACGCGCAACGAUUCCGGGAUCGCGUCGUCAACACUGUCAUCCGAGGCCAGCGCACGCCGGACCUGUCGACACAACUUGUGGGCGACACCAACACGUCGCAACAACCGCACCGACUCAACUUGAAGCUGCUCAACCCGCAGCCCAUCGGGCCGUCGUCUCUCGAUGGGUUGACUGGCAUGCGCAACACGACGUUGGUCGCAAGCGACUUUACGGGGUCGAAUUUUGUGUGGGACCACCAGCGCCCGUCGUCGUCCAAGUCCAACUUGAGUUCGUUUCCGAGUGUGAACAGCGGCCACGGCCCGGUGCUGCGGUAGUAUUUUUAUCCCCAAAAAAUCGGUGUUGCCA